ACAGGUUGGAGAAGGCUGGCAUAGGCUGGGUAGGAUGUGUCUUCCUUGACCAAGCAGCUUCUUGAUAUAAUCUUACAAGCUACCCUUUGCCCCAAUGGCCCCCAAGAAGAAGAGCUCCAAAAAGCCUAAGCCGGUGAAGAGAGAGACUCCUAUUAAUGCCACCCUAGCAGAAGAUCCUUCUCUUGACAUUGACCAUCAUAAUCAACUGGGCAGUUUGUUUGAAAAUGGCUCUGAUGGCUUCCUCUGCACUGCCACAGAAGUCAUGAAUCCAAACCAUGGAACCAACAUGUUGAUGGAGAUGAGUUCUAUGCAGCAAGAGCAUUGUCUUUGUGACCUCACAAUUGCUACCAAAACCAAAUCGUUCCUAGUUCAUAAACUGGUUAUGUCCUCCUGCAGUGAGUAUUUCAAAAACCAGCUGAGAAAGAACCCCAACCUUCAGCAAGUGGACCUCAAUGACAUUUCUGCCCUGGGCUUGGCCACUGUCAUCUCAUAUGCAUACACUGGAAAGUUGAGUCUUUCCCUGUACACCAUUGGCAGUACCAUUUCCACUGCCAGCCACUUGCAGAUGUAUGCGCUGCUCCAUAUGUGCUCGGACUUCCUCAUCCAGGAGAUGAAUGUGGAAAACUGGAUGUAUAUCGCCAAUAUGGCAGACACGUACCAUCUCAGUCGGGCUAAAGAUGCUGCCCGGAAAUUUAUCCGGGAACGUUUCCUAGAGUUCUCUGAUACUGAGCAGUUUUUGAAACUCACCUUUGAACAUUUGAAUGAAUUGCUGAUGGAUGACAGUCUGGAGUUCCCUGGUGAAGUGGCGGUCUUCCAGGUUGCCAUGAAAUGGCUUGAAUUUGAUGCCAAGAGGAUCAAGUAUGCGGCAGACCUCCUGAACAAUGUGCGGUUUGGCACCAUCCCAGCUCAUGACUUGAUCAAUUAUGUCCAACCUGUUCCAUGUAUGAUGCAGAAUCCAGAAUGCCACAGACUUCUGGUAGAUGCUAUGAAUUACCACUUGCUUCCUUAUCAGCAAAAUCAACUUCAGUCCAGAAGAACCAAAAUCCGAGGGAGCCAGAAAGUGCUGCUUAUGGUUGGGGGGCGGCCCUGUUCUGCAGAGAAGGCCCUCAGCAAAGACGUGAGCUACAGGGAUCAAGAAGGGACCUGGAAUAAGCUGGCGGAGAUGCCCACCAAAUGUUUCAACCACUGCGUUGCCGUCAUGGACAGCUUCCUCUACGUGGCAGGAGGUGAAGAUCAAAAUGAUGCCCGAAACCAGGCAAAAUAUGCAAUUAGCAAUUUAUGCAGGUAUGACCCACGGUUUGGCACGUGGCUGCACUUGGCUGGCAUGGGCCACAAAAGGACUCACUUCAGCCUCAGCGCCUUCAACGGGCACCUCUAUGCCAUCGGAGGCCGCAAUGCCAAAGGCACCUUGGUUUCUAUUGAAUGCUAUGUUCCUUCAGCUAACAGCUGGCAAGCCAAAGCCAACAUGGAGCUGCCACGCUGCUGCCAUGCCAGCGUGGUCAUUGACGGGAAGAUCCUGGUGACUGGAGGUUAUGUGAACAAUGCUUACUCCCGGACCGUCUGCAGCUAUGACCCUGCCCUGGAUUCCUGGCGGGACUGUACCUGGCUGAGCAGCCCUCGAGGUUGGCACUGUGCUGCCACGCUGGCUGACCGGGCCUACGUCUUGGGGGGCAGCCAGCUGGGCCCCCGCGGGGAGAGGGUCGACGUCAUUCCAGUGGAGUGUUAUAACCCUUCCUCCAACCAGUGGACCUUCAUGGCCCCCUUGACCACUGGCCUGAGCAUGGCAGGGGUGGCCACGCUCACCGGGCAAAUCCUCCUUGUUGGGGGAUGGAAUGAAAGUGGGAAAAAAUAUCAGAAGGUGAUUCUCGCCUUCAACCCCGAUCUGAACGAAUGGACCGAGGAAGGGGAGCUUUCGGAAGGCACCGUGGGGGUGUCCUGCUGUACCAUUGCUCUUCCUCACUCGAACACCCGGGGCUCCAGAGCUAGUUCGGUGGCCUCGGCAUCCGUUAGCAUGUAAAAGGAGCUGGCUGGGAUGGAGAAAUGGUGGCUUGCUGAAUCAGGGACUUCCCAGGAGAGGUGGAAGAUGCGUUGAGUUUGCUGAAGAGAGAUGUCACUGCACAAGCUGUUGUGGGUCAUGGUUCGUGUCCCAGAAACAACACAUUUCUGAUGCUCAGAUUUACCUGUGGACCUUUUCACAACUCCUUUGGGGAAAAGAAACAUGUCCACACCUGACUUAUCAGACGCUAAUGCACUUCACUUCUGCAAGCAACCUCUCUUCCCCACUGUGGCCUUAAUCUGAAAUCUUCUCCCCUCCUCCCAAAUAUUGUCCCUACUUUUAAAGGACUGGGUAGCCUUCAAGGCCUCUUUUCAAUGAAUUUUGUGGCUUGAAUACCUCAGCCCUUAAUUAAAGGCAAGCUAUGUUGUGUUUUGACAUGCUCUAGCCCAUUGAUAAAGAAUGGUCUGCUCAUCUGGGAAAUGCUGCUAUUCUGUGAAAAAUGUGCCAGCUUGCUUCUUCAUGCACGUUCACACAACUUCCUAAGCCGCUCUGAGUGGUUAACAAGAA